AUGGGCCACGUCUCGUCUAAGCUGCGAAACAAAGUAGCCAAGGUCCGGUCCAUGAUCAAGAUCCUCAAGGAGAUCUCGACGGACUUCGAAUAUGCCCUCAACCGCGCCUCGGACUCGCCUGGCAUCCCGCGCAGCAACCCAACCGAGCCCUACUGGCUCGACGAUCCGCCGUACCCAGAGCUGACCAACAUCCAGAGCAGGCAGCGUCUGCCGGAUUUCGUCGAUGUCGCCAUCAUCGGCUCUGGGAUUGCCGGUGCGUCCAUCGCGCGGUCGCUGCUACAUGAGCGACGCCGCCGGGGGAUUGAUCUAGACAAGAAGGUCGUCGUCUUUGAGGCGAGGGAUCUGUGCAGCGGUGCUACGGGUCGGAAUGGCGGCCAUAUCAAACCCUCUCCGUACGAUACCUUUGCACAGUUAUCUACGUUCAUGCCCAAGGACAGGGCAGCUGCCCUUACUAGAUUCCAAGCCAGCCAUGUCGACUAUCUGAUUGAGCUUUGCCGUGAAGAGAGGAUUGAUAUCGCUGAAGCCAGGGAGGUGGAGACAGUCGACUUUUUCGUCGACGAGGAGAUGUUCCACGACGCAGUGGGAGAUGUGGAGGAGUCUAGGAAAUGGCUGCCCGAGGUGCAGGUAUUCGAGUGGGAAAAGGAAGACGUUCUCCAGCAAUUCGGCGUAAACGAGGGCGUCGUGGGAGCCAUCUCCCAGCGAGCGGGCACCAUCUGGGCGUACCGCUUCGUCGUCUCCAUCUGGAAGCAGCUCCUCGACGAGUUCCCCUCCCAGCUCAUCAUCCAGACCAACACGCCCGUCACCUACAUCUCCGCAGGGCCCUCGGCCCCCGGCUUCCCCUUCGCUGUCCAGACCCCCAGCGGGGUCAUCCUGGCCCGCCACGUCAUCCACGCCACCAACGCCUUCGCCAGCGAGCUCGUCCCGGGCCUGCGGCGAAAGAUCACCGGCGCCAGGGCUCACAUGUCCUCCCAGAGGCCCGGCGACGUCUUCCCCGAGACCUGGGGCCAGCGCUCCUGGAGCGUCAUCUACCCGGGCGGGUUCGACUAUGUCACCCAGCGGCCGUCCGAGAUUGACGGCGACGUGCCUGGGGAUAUCCUGCUGGGCGGGGGAUUCCGCCGGUCGGCCAAAAGUGGUGUCGACCAGAUGGGCGUGUACGACGACAGUGCGUACCCCAAGGCCCUGGCGGCGUCGCACAUAUCGGGCAUCUUCCCCUCCAUUUUCCACCCCAAUUGGGGCUCCGGGGGAGAGCUGAAGAAGGUCUGGACGGGGAUCCUGGGCAUGACUGGAGACCAGCUACCAUUGGUCGGUCGUCUCGAUGAGGGGCUGACCGCCAGAAUAAUCGACCAGCAGCACAAGACUUCAGAGCCGGACAGGACGAGCCCAGGAGAGUGGAUCGCGGCGGGAUAUUCGGGCGAGGGAAUGGUGUUUGCCUGGCUCUGCGGCGUUGCUCUUGGUAUCAUGGUAGCUGGAAGUGAGAACGAGGAUAUCCCACAGGCGCCGGGACGCCCAGGUGGCAUGCUUCAGGAUUGGUUCCCGCCAGAGCUUCUCAUUUCGCCACAGAGGUUACGACAGACCGAUGUGGCCCGUUUGUUCCAAGGGGAGUGA